AUGCAUGCAUGUCCGUGUCUGUGCAAUGCGUAUCUAUUUAUUGUUGUUGUUUUGUUUUGUUUUUGUUUUUUUUUUGUUUUCUGCUGCUGCUGUCCUGUUGACGCCGUGCGUCUCGUGACGCGGUGGGAGAACAGCCAACAGUGGGGGUGGGGAAAAAAAAAGAAAAAAAAGAAAGGGAGAGAAGUGUGGACUUCUGACUGUUUGUUUGCUUUCAAAAAAAAAGUGACUUGUGAGUUUACAAGGAGAGAGAGAGGGAGAGAGAGAAAGAGGGGGGAAAUAAAAAUUAUGAAUGGGGGCGAUGACGACGCCCACAACGCCUCAGUGAUCGCCAGUGUCUUUCGACGCCACCGGUACCCGUUUCAUCCUGUCACGGUGGAGCGGCUGUUGUGUACAUUUGAGCAGCUGCUGGAGUCGCUCCCCUCCUCAUCCUCCUCCUCGCCUUCCAUCACAGAAAAGAAAGUGGGGGUAGAGGAGGAGGAGUAUGGGGAGAAGGGGGAAAAAAGGCGCAGCGCAAUUCCUUCCAUUGGCACGGAGGUCAUGCCUCCUGUCGCUGCGGCAUUGGAUAGCAACAAUAAUGGCGCCAGUCAUGAUCAUCCCGAUGGUGGCAUGAGUGAUGAUGGCAACGGUCCGUUCUGUGCUCUCUAUGCAAAGCUGCAAGCCCUUCUUGAGCAACACCGUGAGGUGCGGCGGCUCUGCUUGGAAAAAGAGUCACAGAGGCAACUGCAAAUGUAUCCAGCGCCGUUUGUCAUUUCUGUGGGGGCAGAAGAACGUGUACAUGCGUCUAGCCAUGUGAGUAUGAUUAUCUCCACGGUGGGGAACACUUUACCGCCGUCACAGCGUUGUGGAUCCCCCAGGAAGGGUAACAGACAGUUUAUGUCUGCGCAGCACCAACGGGAGAUGAAUUAUCUUCUCCACGUCGUGCAUGCCGCAUAUGUGGAAACGCAGCGGUGGCAGUCACGAUGUAAGGAGCUGCAGGUGGAGUUAGAUGGCACGAAGUCGCAGUGUGGAGAACUCAUGGCGGAGGUGGAUGAAUUGCGCGUGCUGUUGGCACAAGAGAGGAUGAUGUCGCAGCAGCUGUUGCAACAACAACAACAACAAGAAGAAGAAGAAAAACUAGAAGACGAGAAGAAGGAGGAAGAAAAGGAAAAGGAAAAAGAGGGUGGCGGCGGGGAGAUCAAUGUUUCCUUAAAUUCUGCUGGAAAGACAGUUAAUGACAAUGGCAUCGAUAAGAGCCCCAGCGUACCAGGGCGGGUAAUCCUCUCUCCACUACCGGUUCCGGCAACAGCACACUCGCCGUUGUUCUCACCGCCAUGCGAUGUGGUGACGACACCACCUGAGAGUCAUCUGGAGCGGCUGGCGCGUGAGGACUUUGUGUCGCCACCACAUUCUGCGCCCGAUGGUAAUGAUCCUAAUGAUGCAAUUGCUGCUGCUGCUGCUGCGCACUGGCGCAGCAGUCUCUUUACAUCCCCACUUCCCGUGACGUUUGCACGACCGUCCCUGUCGUCGCUGCAGGCCGCAAGGCAGGCGGUGGCCGCCACCAACACGGGAGUUAAGACAAAAGACGUUGCAUCUGCAGCGCGUGGACGCCAUGGUGGAGACCGCCGCCAUGUACACAAUAAGGGUGACGGUGAUAAUCCGGAUCAUGAUGCGGUGGCAUUGCGUCUUCUGCGACGUCUUGUUCCAGAUGUCAGUGACGGGCUUCUCAACGUCUCGGUUGGUGUGUACGAAGGGGUUUACAAACUCGCCACACGUUGCCGUCGGGCCGAGGAAGGGUCCCGACGGCAUUUAAAACGGCUACGUGAGUUGGAAGCUCAAGCCGCCACGGUGCCACGACUGGAGGAAUGCCUGCAGCGGCAGACCCGACUCAGUAGCACCCUGCACUGCCGCGUGGAGGAGAAGGAAGACAUGUUGCGGCAGCUGAAGGUGAGAUUGGCCGCCGCCGACAGGGAUAUCGCGGAACUCAAACGUCAACUUGCGGAACAUCAACAGCGCGAGGAGCCCAAUGAGGCGGGAGAAGAAGAGGAAGCAGGAGGAAGGGGAAAAGGAACGGAUCAACAACCGGAGGAGAGGAGUGCCAUUGAACGGCAACAAAGCUGUGAGAAUGGUGACGCUCGCCAGCACCGUUGCCGUGGCGCUGGUCCGACGCCAAAACUGGCAUACGUGAAUGCCCCACAUGGCAGAAUGAAGAAGCGCCGGAACGAUGGAGGCAAGGCCUUGCUAAGUGAACGUGCUCGCGCAGAUAACGCCGAGGCGGAGUUGUCUCGGGCGCAGCAGGAGCUGGCGUGUGCCCAAAAUGAGCUGCAGGAAGGCAAACACCUCCUCGCGUGCCUUGUGCGGGAUGGACAACGUGAACUACCGGAGUACAACAACACAGACAUCAAGGAGGAAGGGGAUGAACAUUCUUCUACAGUACCGACGAUGACGCAGUCGCAAGUGGCAUGUGGCUCAGAUAUCAUGGAUUUGCCUGAGCCACAACCACCACAGUUCCCAUCACCGUCCGUACCGCAACAAGAAACAACUCCGACGGCGGCGGUGGCGGUGGCAGCGCAGCCUUGUGAACUUUCGAAAGUCCAUGCGAUGGGCCAAAUUUCUGAGUGCUCAUCAUUCUUAUUAUCGAUAUGCCCCUCAUUGCCAUCGGGAGAGGGAGAGUUAGCAGUACUCCUGCCCAUCAUGGGGAGUCAGUGCGACCAAAAAGAGUGGGAAGAGGAACAGCAGAAACCAACACCCAAUGCAAGGAAGCCAAAAAAGAAAAAUAGGAGCAAGUGGGAGAUGGAAUUAGAAGAGGACGACACCGUUGCUCCAUGGGGUGACUGGUGA